AUGGAUCCCGCCAAACGAUACCUUAUUCAGUCCUACAGCAAUUUUGUGGGCGCUACGGGUGAACAGCUAGCACCUGGGGCUGUUCCGCAACAGCCUGUCUUAGCACCAUCCAUACAAGGCCAGCAAUUCAACAACAUUGUGGCUGCUAUGCAAAAGAUUCAAAGUGGUGCGUUUGUACAGCCGGUUCAAGAGCCCGUACCGACUGGACAAGGUGUGGCUGUAGACUCGGGGGUCACGGAAAUGGCACAUCGUGAAUAUCAAGCUGGUGAUUACUUCAGUGCAGAGCGUCACUGUCUUAUGAUUUAUCAGAACGAUCCAACGAAUGUGAGCGUGUUGCUGUUGCUAUCCUCUAUUCAUUUCCAAUUGAAGAAUUUGGAUAAAUCCAAAAUGUAUUCCACCUUAGCUAUCAAAGCUAAUCCAACUUGUGCUGAAGCCUACAGCAACUUGGGAAACGUCUUCAAAGAACGUGGAGAACUAGCUGAAGCUUUGGAAAACUAUAAAUAUGCUGUUCGCUUAAAGCCUGAUUUUAUUGAUGGAUAUAUUAAUCUUGCUGCCGCUUUGGUUGCUGGAGGAGAUUUAGACCAGGCUGUGCAUGCUUAUCUAAGAGCUCUGCAAUAUAAUCCAGAUCUUUAUUGCGUUAGAAGUGAUUUGGGGAAUUUGCUGAAGGCUAUGGGUCGGUUGGAAGAGUCCAAGAUCUGUUACCUGAAGGCUAUCGAAACUCAACCUCAUUUUGCUGUCGCCUGGUCGAACUUAGGGUGUGUUUUCAAUACACAGGGAGAAUUGUGGCUAGCUAUACAUCAUUUCGAAAAGGCAGUACAGUUAGAUCCCAAUUUUAUCGAUGCGUAUAUUAACUUGGGCAAUGUACUUAAGGAAGCUCGGAUUUUUGAUCGAGCUGUUGCCGCUUAUUUACGUGCUCUCAACCUCUCGCCUACUCAUGCUGUUGUGCACGGUAAUCUAGCAUGUGUUUACUAUGAGCAGGGGCUUAUUGAUUUGGCAAUUGAUACUUAUCGUCGUGCCAUUGAGCUACAACCUAACUUCCCCGAUGCAUAUUGUAAUUUGGCCAAUGCUCUGAAGGAAAAGGGACUUGUAGCAGAGGCCGAGAGUGCAUAUAUGACUGCAUUACAACUCUGCCCCACACAUGCUGAUUCUCAGAAUAACUUAGCUAACAUCAAGAGGGAACAAGGUCGAAUUGAAGAAGCAACCAGAUUAUACUUGAAAGCUCUAGAGAUCUUCCCAGAGUUCGCUGCAGCUCACAGCAAUUUAGCAUCUAUUCUUCAGCAGCAGGGUAAGCUCCAGGAAGCAAUCCUUCAUUAUAAGGAAGCUAUCCGAAUCGCUCCCACGUUCGCAGAUGCAUAUUCUAAUAUGGGGAAUACAUUGAAAGAAUUAGGCGAUGCUCCUAACGCGAUGCAGUGCUACACUAGAGCGAUUCAAAUUAACCCUGCGUUUGCUGAUGCUCAUAGUAACCUGGCUAGUAUUCAUAAGGAUUCUGGUAACAUUCCGGAUGCAAUCCAAUCCUAUUCCACUGCCCUCAAGUUGAAGCCUGACUUUCCUGACGCCUUCUGUAACUUAGCCCAUUGUCUUCAAAUAAUUUGUGAUUGGGCUGAUUAUGAUAAUAGAAUGAAAAAAUUAGUCGCUAUUGUUGAUGACCAAUUAAGUAAGAAGCGGUUACCUUCUGUCCAUCCUCAUCAUUCCAUGCUAUAUCCGCUAAAUCAUUCAACUCGCAUAGCUAUAGCAGCUAAGCAUGCUCAACUCUGCAUCGAAAAGGUUGCGAUGAUCAAUCAUCCUCCAUUUGUACAUCCGGACAAGGUGCCACAGUGCGGAGAAAAGAGACUGAAGAUAGGAUAUGUUUCAUCCGAUUUCGGUAAUCAUCCCACCAGUCAUUUAAUGCAAUCUAUUCCUGGUAUGCACGAUCGUGUGAAAGUCGAGGUUUACUGUUAUGCUCUCUCUCCUCAUGAUGGAACGAAUUUCCGUCAAAAACUUAUCAAUGAAUCAGAACAUUUUAUCGAUCUCUCUGCGAUUACAUGUAAUGGCAAAGCCGCCGAAAGAAUUCAUCAGGAUGGUAUCCAUAUUUUGAUUAAUAUGAAUGGCUACACCAAAGGUGCCAGAAAUGAGAUUUUCGCUUUGAAGCCUGCUCCUAUCCAAGUUAUGUGGCUUGGAUAUCCAGGAACAUCUGGGGCGCCUUUCAUGGAUUAUAUCAUUACUGAUGCCGUCACAUCUCCCAUGCGUCUGGCGUAUGCUUACACUGAGAAGCUGGCUUACAUGCCUCAUACAUUCUUCAUUGGGGAUCAUGCCCAAAUGUUGAAGCAUUUAACUGAACGGGUUAUCGUUAAGGAUAUGCAAACUGCUACUGACAAGGACACAGUAACAGUUUUGAACUCUACUAAUCUUGAGCCAUUAUUGAGUAAAGUUGGGGUUAAGUCUUAUGUGCGUGAAGCAGAAGUCGUUUGUGGUCCAGCAAAAGAAAAAAUUAAAACAGAAGUCGUUGUACCUAUGGUGGAAGUUCCAACUACUGAGCCAUUGAAGCAAAUGAUCGGUAGUGGUAUGCUGGCCACAAGUGUAGUAGAGGGUGUUCACGUACAAAAUGGAUUAACUCAGCUGCAGACUCAUGCAAAAGCUGCUACGGGUGAGGAGGUUCCUCAAUCAGUUUUACUUACCAGCAGACAACAGUAUUUCUUGCCUGAAGAUGCAGUAGUCUACUGCAACUUCAAUCAGUUGUAUAAAAUUGAUCCACCCACGCUUGACAUGUGGGUUGAGAUCUUGAAAAAAGUUCCUCGAAGUGUUCUUUGGUUGCUUCGGUUCCCAUUCCACGGUGAAGCUCAUGUUCACAAAUAUGUUCAAGAGCGAGGCGUUGAUCCUAAACGUGUUAUCUUCAGCAACGUUGCAGCUAAGGAAGAGCAUGUUCGGCGCGGACAACUUGCUGAUGUUUGCUUGGACACUCCAUUAUGCAAUGGUCAUACUACUGGUAUGGACAUUCUAUGGACUGGAACACCAAUGAUCACUAUGCCUUUGGAAACAUUGGCCUCACGUGUCGCUUCGUCGCAGCUGUAUGCUUUAGGAGUACCGGAAUUGGUAGCCAGCUCUACCGAAGCUUAUAUAAAUAUAGCUGUCAAACUGGGCAUUGACAAGAACUUUUUAUCAAAUAUCAGAGCGAAAGUUUGGAAAGCCCGAACUACUUCAACAUUAUUUAAUGUUAAGCAAUAUUGUACUGAUUUGGAAGAUUUAUAUUCCAAGAUGUGGAACAGAUACCAUGAAGGAUUACCUAUUGAUCACAUCACACAAGAUGUAGCUAUCCCAGCUAAUAUCUAA